UUAUAAGUGACGGUUAAUUUGAACUGUCUGGCGCCCAAACCCCAUAAGUAAGGUACCAUGCUACAUUCUAAUUAGUCAAAACCAAGCGCUGAUUAAUUAGCUGGACUGUUAAUCAUUCGGGACUGAGCCCAGAUUCUUCUCCAUGCAUUUGUUCCAGCUCAGUUAGUAGCCUAAUUUAGUUUUAUGGACGCUGAGGUAACUUGGCUGGCAAUGUAUGACAUGAUCAGAAGAAGUUGGAUUUAUUACAAAACUUGCCUCGGGUGUUGCCGCUGUUUUGUAGAACUACCAGACUGUUAACUUUUCAAACAGACUUUACAGACUUCUGUAACUAGGCUGGUUAGGUGGUCUAGCCAAGAGGAGGCAGAGCUGUAUCACUGUAUGGGUUUAGCUGCUGCAGUGCCACACAGAGUUCAUUAUCUUUCCUUCUGCUCUGCUCAGGUCAUGUUCGGACGUGUACAUACCUUGUUUUCAAGAGGAUGCUACUGUUUCAGUUUCAACAACUUUACUGGUUUAAAAAACAAAACAAAACGGCGUAUAUCCAUUUUCCCCUCACACUGGCCGCCGCGAACCGUUUUCAUCCACACAGAGCCGAAGCACAUUCAAGCACAGUCAUAUUCCUCAAAAUACAUGAGGUUAUAUUUUUAACUGCUGCAGGGCCAGGUGUCACAGAGUGUACCUUUAAGUCUGUAAUUCAGUGUGGCUGUAAAUGUGAAACCAGUUCUACACAUAUGAAAGUGAAAGCGUUUAUGAAGCCUUGACACAAGUGAAGUGAAGGCUAACACAAUGAGGAUUGUUACCUGAAGACUGAGAAGAGAUCAGGCCGGUCGUACACAGCUGUCUGUCCAUGACCAAUAACGUUUCUUUACUAAUAGUGAAAGAUGGAUCACUCUAAUCCUCUCCAACCUGAUGGAUCUCAACAAUUAAAGAUGAGUGAAACCUGGGAAAAGACAUCAGACUGUCCAGGACCUCGCAGUGUCUCCAUGAACAGUGAUGUGGGUACAGAUCCUCCACCAAAAAAAAGGAAAAAUGAAGACUUCUCAUCUACACACAGGUGUAAGUCUGGAACCACUGAACCUCAUCUUCUGGAGAAAUACAAAUUAAAUCUGAUAAAGAAGUUUCAGCAUGUAAAUGAGGUGAUAACAAACCAGGGAAACCCAACACUUCUGCAUGAGAUCUACACAGAGCUCUACAUCACAGAAGGAGACAGUGGAAAAGUCAAUAAUGAACAUGAGGUGAGACAGAUCGAGGCAGCAUCCAGGAGAGCAGCAACAGAGGAAACACCAAUCAAAUGCAGUGAGAUCUUUAAGCCCUUAUCUGAAGAAGACAAACCCAUCAGGAGCGUUCUGACAAAGGGAGUCGCUGGCAUUGGAAAAACAGUCUCUGUGCAGAAAUUCAUUCUAGACUGGGCUGAAGGGAAAACAAAUCAGGAUGUUCAUCUCAUAUUUCCACUUCCUUUCAGAGAGCUCAAUUUAAUGCAGGAUCGAAACCGGAGUCUGAUGGAGCUUCUUCAUUUCUUUUAUAAGGAGUUAAAAGAAACAAACAUUUCCAGCCUGUACAAAGUUCUGUUCAUUUUUGAUGGUUUGGAUGAGUGUCGUUUCCCUCUGGAUUUCCAGAACACAGUGAGGUUGUGUGAUGUAACUGAAUCAGCAUCAGUGCAUGUGCUGCUGAUAAACCUGAUCAAAGGGAAUCUGCUUCCCUCUGCUCUCAUCUGGAUCACCUCCCGACCAGCAGCAGCUGAUCAAAUCCCCUCUGAGUGGGUCCAUCGACUCACAGAGGUACGAGGGUUCAAUGACCCACAGAAGGAGGAAUAUUUCAGGAAGAGGAUCAGUGAUCAGAGCCUGAGCAACAGAGUCAUCACACACCUGGAGUCAUUAAGAAGCCUCUACAUCAUGUGCCACAUCCCAGUCUUCUGCUGGAUUUCAGCCACUGUUCUAGAGAGAAUGUUGGGUGAAGCAGAGAGUGGAGAGAUCCCCAAGACUCUGACUCAAAUGUACACACACUUCCUCAUCAUUCAGACAAACGUCAUAAAGAAAAAGUACACAAAGAGCAGAGAGACAGAUACAGAAAUGGUUCUGAAACUGGGUAAACUGGCUUUUCAGCAGCUGAUGAAAGGCAACCUGAUCUUCUAUGAGGAAGACCUGAUGGAGUGUGGCAUUGAUGUGACAGAAGCAUCAGUGUAUUCAGGUGUGUGUACACAGAUCUUCAGAGAGGAGUUUGGGCUUCACCAGAGUAAAGUGUUCUGCUUUGUUCAUCUGAGCAUUCAGGAACACCUCGCAGCUCUAUAUGUGCACCUGGUCUUCAUGAACGAAAAUGAAAAUCUUUUUAAAAAGCCAAAUAACUUGAAGAUAUUUAGUCACAAGGUUACGAUCUCAGAUGUCCACAAGAGUGCUGUAGAUCAGGCUUUACAGAGUGAAAAUGGACAUCUGGAUCUUUUCCUUCGCUUUCUUCUGGGUCUGUCACUGGAGUCCAAUCAGAUCCUCUUACAAACCAUAGUGACACAGACAGGAAGUGGCUCUCACAGCACACAGGAAACGGUUCAUUACAUUAAGAAGAAGAUCAGAGAGAAUCCCUCACCAGAGAAAUCCAUCAAUCUGUUCCACUGUCUGUAUGAACUGGAUGAUCAUUCUCUAGUUGAGGAAGUCCAACACUACCUGCAAUCUGGAAGUUUACAGCAAAGUGAACUUUCUUCUUCUCAGUGGUCAGCUGUGGUGUUUGUGUUACUGACAUCAAUGCAGGAACAGGAUGUGUUUGUCCUUAAUAAAUAUACCAACAAACACUGGACAUCAGAGGAGGUUCUUCUGAAGCUCCUGCCUGUGGUUGCAGCAUCCAGAAAAGCUGAGUUUAAAGACUGUUACCUGAAACAGAAAGGUUGUGUAGCUUUGGCCUCAGUUCUCAGCUCUGAAUCCUCCAGUCUGAGAGAACUGGAUCUGUCUGGGAAUAGAUUCAAAGACUCAGGAAUGAAGUAUCUUGCUCCUGGAGUGAAGAAUCCUUACUGUAAACUGGAGGCACUGAAGUUGUGUAGUUGUCGUUUCACAGGUGAAGGCUGUGCUGCUCUGACUUCAGCUCUGAGAUCAAACCCCUCACACCUGAGAGAACUGGAUUUGUCUGGGAAUUAUCUCAGAGACUCAGGAGUGAAGUGUCUCUCUGCUGUACUGGAGAAUCCUCACUGUAAACUGGAGACACUGAGGUUGGAGCGUUGUGGUGUUUCAGGUGAAGGCUGUGCUGCUUUGACUUCAGUUCUGAGAUCAGAUCUCUCACACCUGAGAGAACUGAAUCUAUCUAGGAAUUAUCUCAGAGACUCAGGAGUGAAGUUUCUCUCUACCGGACUGGAGAAUCCUCACUGUAAACUGGAGACUCUGAGGUUGUGUAGUUGUGAUAUCUCAGAUGAAGGCUGUGCUGCUCUGACUUCAGCUCUGAGAUCAAACCCCUCACACCUGAAAGAACUGGAUCUGUCUGAAAAUGAACUCCGAGACUCAGGAGUGAAGCGUCUCUCUGCUGGACUGGAGAAUCCUCACUGUAAACUGGAGACACUGAGGUUGAAUUAUUGUGGUGUCUCAGAUGAAGGCUGUGCUGCUCUGACUUCAGCUCUGAGAUCAAACCCCUCACACCUGAGAGAACUGGAUCUGUCUAGGAAUAAAUUCAGAGACUCAGGAGUGAAGUGUCUCUCUGCUGUACUGGAGAAUCCUCACUGUAAACUGGAGACACUGAGGUUGUGUUAUUGUGAUAUCUCAGGUGAAGGCUGUGCUGCUCUGACUUCAGCUCUGACAUCAAACCCCUCACACCUGAGAGAUCUGGAUCUGUCUUGGAAUGAACUUGGAGACUCAGGAGUGAAGUGUCUCUCUGAUGUACUGGAGAAUCCUCACUGUAAACUGGAGACACUGAGGUUGUGUAGUUGUGAUAUCUCAGAUGUAGGCUGUGCUGCUCUGACUUCAGCUCUGACAUCAAACCCCUCACACCUGAGAGAACUGGAUCUGUCUUGGAAUAAACUCAGAGACUCAGGAGUGAAGCAUCUCUCUGCUGGACUGGAGAAUCCUCACUGUAAACUGGAGACACUGAGGUUGUGGUAUUGUGAUGUCUCAGAUGAAGGCUGUGCUGCUCUGACUUCAGCUCUGAGAUCAAACCCCUCACACCUGAGAGAACUGGAUCUGUAUUUUAAUAAUGUAGGAGACUCGGGAAAGAAGCUUCUCUUCGGUCUUAAAGAUGAUAAACGUUACAUCCUCCAGGACUUGAGGGUGUAAAGACUUUUCAUCGGAUGCUAACACCAUGAAGACGGUUGUGAGGGGCGGGGGUGUUGUGGGCGUUGGGACGGCGGAGCUACCUCCCUGAAAUAAGUUUUUGCAGGGUGUGAUGCCUGUAAACCGAACAGAUGGACUUUCAAGGAGAGGUGUGACUUACAGUUCUCCAUGUGGACUGAGAGUCAAGAUUUCCCCUUCAUUUUAAUCAGAUCUAGACAUUUGGAGGCCCUAGGCAAAAUGAUGUUGGACGCCUCCGCACCCCUCCUAUGACAACAUGUUUUUUCCCUUUACUUUAAAAUGUUAACUUAACUUGAUUAAACUUUUUUUUAAAAAGUCAGUUUAUAAUUAUUUAAUAAGAAAUUACUCAUAAAGCCACACUGACUAAAAAUUUUAAGGCAGCCAGGAUUUUUUUGUACAGGCAGCCAGCAGUAAUGUGUUGAGUAAUUUAUUUACAGUAACACACCCAUCCACUAUUUGGGAUAAUGAACAGUUUUGCCGACUCUAUACAAUAAAAUCGGGGAAAAAAUGCAAGACAACAUUACAUUUCCAACAAAUAAUUACAAAUCAACACUUCAGUAAAUGAACAUCAGUGCCUUUAUCGUGUUUUCCUAGCUGGGUAGGGACAGGAUUUCCCCCCUACUGAACCAGUAUAGAUUUAGAUAUAGAUAUAUUAUGUGUUGCACUGUAAUACCUUAAAUAUACCACUAUAUACACAAAUCAACUGCUAGUGGACGUGAAAGAGACAAACUAUUAAGCAGAAAGAAUAAUUAAUUUCUUCAUAAUAUUGCGUGCUUAUUUUCAAUAAAUAUGACGAGUAUUUAUGAUUUGAAAACUAAAAUGAAGUAUUAUGUUAAAGCAGUAAUGUAAACAUCUGCGGAAUAUAGAAAAUAUACAGAGAGUUAAGGUACUUUUUUUAUGCUCUAGUGUGUUUGUUCUUUGACUGUGAAUACAAACUUCUUUACUUUUACUUGAGUGUUUUGCUGGUCAGCUCCCGACGUCAUUGUACACGCGAACUCAAAGUGUCUGACAGUCUCGACGCGUCGAGGAUCCUCACGCUCUGAAAUCCUGAAAUG